AGUUUCGGUAAACAACAACGUCCCACAUAGCACAGAUUUGUAGAAGGAAAAUAACUUAAUCUCUUGCUGUACAGAAUGCAAUACAGAUGCGCAGCUACCUUACAAGUGUGUAUGAGGAAGGAGAUGCGUGGUCAGCUCUGAUUGCCAUGGUUCAGUCUCCCCAACAUGGUAGCAAGGUUUCUUCUUCUUCUCCCUUCUCCCACUGUUACCUGCAAAAAGUUUCAGAUACACCAUGGUUGCUUCCUCUCCUGACUGCUACAUCACAGAUCCGCACACUUUGCAAGGCCAAACUGGAGAAAGGCGCGCUCUGAUUUGGCCAGUACCCACGAGAACCCACGUAUAGGCCAGUCACAUUUGAUUAAAUUUUGCUUGGCUGUGCGCCUGAUCAAAAUUUAAGUGACGAAUCCUACUUUACAUUACACAAAGACACUUAAAUUUUCUCCCUGUUUACAAUAUGAAUAGAUGGACACCCAAUAUGAAUCAAACAGUGACGAAUCAUAUUGUAAACUCCGCAUAAGUCUGCAGGUUUUUUCUACUGUGGAUCUCCCACGCUUACAGAAGUAGUCACGGAUGUUGCAGUAGAAUUCACCUUCUGCUUCCUCCUCUUACCGGCUCUCGUCAGCGGCAGCAGGGGAGAGGCGGCUGUAGCGACGUAUCCCGGUCGGACCCGUGCGUGGAGGAGACUUGCUCGGAUACACGGCCUUGCCUGACUCCCCAUGAAUCGCCCUCCUUUUGCCACAUAAAUAGGCCUCGAGCCCUCUACGGAAGCAUCCAAUCUCGCGGUCUGCAAUCUCGCCGUUCUAUCAACUCCGCCGGACGCCGUGCUCCAUAUGCGGACAUGAUGCCGUCGUAAAAUCUCGCGGUUCUACCAACAUCGCCGGACCGCCCGUGCUCCAUCUGAGAAAAUGAAUGACAGCGCUGACUUGACCAUUGUUGUGGAUUUUGAUAACCGACCUUAAAAAAGCCAAAUUUUCUGAGUCGGAUGUUUUGGAGCCAUCACCUACGCCACCAACCAUCUCAACAUUAUCUUUUGGUUUUUGAAUGUUUUGAAUCGAUUACUCUGGUAUUAAAUAGAUGUUGAUCCAUUGCGAUGACCUCCGUUACCAACCAGAUCGACAUCACCUCCGGUUUCUGAAUGUAUGCAUGAAAGACAAGUUUAUUCGAUGAUGAUAAAGCAACCAGAGGAAUAUGAAGAAAUAAAAGUUGAUGAAACAUACAACUACUUCCCAAUAGAUUAUGCACUGACCAACCAUGAUGUAUGUGCUCAUAUAGCAAUGGAAACAUUUUUUGAAAAAACAAUUACUGGUGAAGAUAGAUGAAAUAUCUGUCAAAAAGCAUCGCUAGAUGAAAAAGGGGUGGCUAAACGAUGAUGAGGCUUUCACUUGAUGAGUUGCCUAAAAGAAGUUCCGACACUCAGAGGUGACAACCACACUGAGUGGAGGAAGAAAGUUGAACUGGCGUUUGUUUGUGCUGAUCUUGACUGGGUUGUGGAGAAACCACAGCCGGUCAGACCCACAGAGCCAGUAAGAGAGGCCACUGAUGAUGAUGCUGCAUGGGCUAAAAAGAAAGGGGACUAUGCUCCUUUGGAGCAGUCCUACCUCAUAGAUAAUCAAAAGUGGGUCAAUGCAAAUAAAAAAUGCAUGGCCUUUAUAAAGAACACCAUUGAGAGCGCCAUUGUGGGCUCCAUUGCAGAGUGCACUUCCGCAGGGGAGUUGCUCUCAAAGAUAAAGAACCAGUUCACUGGCUCUUCAAAGAUAUAUGCCACCCAGGUGUUAGAGCAACUGGUGACAGAAAAAUACACAGGUGGUAGUCAUGGCAUAAGAGAGCACAUCCUCAGGAUGAGCAAUAUGGCAGCAAAGCUUAAGCCCAUGGAUGCGGAUCUGGAGAUCAAACCAGCGCUCCUGGUCCACCUUGUCAUGGCUUCACUACCCAAGGAGUUUGAAGCUUUUGUUGUGAACUAUAAUAUGUCACCUGGAACAUGGGACGUUGAAAAGACAAUAGCAAUGUGUGUUCAAGAAGAGGAGAGACUCAAAGCCUCACAUGGUGGUACACUCAACUAUGUGCAGGGUCACAAAAGAAAGAAUUACAAUCAAAACAACAAAAGUUCUCCUUCAAAGCCACAAGGAAAAGUUUCCUAUCAGCAUCAGCGUCAGCAACAACCUUUCUCAGUGGACAAAGACACUUGUCUCCACUGUAAGAAGACCGGGCAUUACAAGAAAGACUGUCCUGUUUGGCUAAAGUCGAUCAUGGCAAAAAGAGGGAUUCCAUUCGACGCGGACUACACUAAAAAGCGAAAGACGCAUUGAAGUGGCGAACGGAGUUGAAGUAGAAGUUGAAGCUGUCGGUGAUAUCUCCUUGGAGUUAGCUGAUGGAUUCAAUCUUCUACUUAGAGAUGUUUUAUUUGUUCCAUCAUGUCAUAGAAACUUAAUAAGUGUUUCUUGCUUGGACAAAGAUAAUUAUGAGUGUUAUUUUGGACAUGGCAAGUGUGCCAUUUGGUUAAAUAAUGCUUAUGUGGGUGAUGCUUUACUACAUGAUGAGCUUUAUUUGUUAUCACUUCGUGAAAAAGUUUAUUCCGUUUGCAAUGUGAAAGAACAUGUUUUUGCGUCGAAUAAAGAACAAAAGAAAAGAAAAAGAACAUUUGACUCAUCGAAAUUAUGGCACUGUCGCUUGGGCCAUAUUUCGAAGGGGAGAAUAGAAAGAUUAGUCAAAAGUGAAAUUCUUCCUCCGUUAGAAUUUUCAGACUUAGAACAAUGCAUAGAUUGCAUUAAAGGAAAGUACGUAAAACAAAUCAAAAAAGGUGCAAUCCAUAGCACAGGCACACUAGAAAUCAUUCACACUGAUAUUUGUGGACCAUUUCCGGUGAAAAGUGUGGAUGGAUAUGACUCGUUCAUAACAUUCACAGAUGAUUACUCUCGCUAUGGUUAUAUUUAUCCAAUCAAAGAAAGAUCGGAAGCGUUGGAUAAAUUUAAAAUAUUCAAAGCUGAAGUUGAAAAUCAGCACGAUAAAAUAAUAAAGAUAGUAAGGUCCGACCGUGGGGGAGAGUACUACGGUCGACACACUCCAUAUGGCCAAGUCCCUGGACCUUUUGCGAAGUUCUUGCAGGAGACUGGCAUAGUAGCCCAGUAUUCAAUGCCGGGCGAGCCUCAGCAAA